CCGGGAGCGCGCUUGUUGCAAGAAACCGUGGACGCGCGCUCCCGCGGUGCGGUGCUGCUUAAACAUGGCUGCUCUCAGCAAGUCCAUACCGCAUAGCUGCUAUGAGUUAGGACACACUUGGAGUCCCUCAUGUACGACCUCCACCCUGCAGGUGACAGCCGGCGCUCUGGAGGUCUCCUUCAAGAUAUAUGCUCCUCUGUAUCUGAUUGCAGCCAUUUUAAGAAGGAGGAAAAAGGAUUAUUACAAGAAAAGGCUGCUUCCCGAGAUCCUGCAGUCCACGUCUUUCCUGACUGCAAAUGGAGGCCUCUACAUUGCGUUUUUCUGCAUUCUCCGGAAGCUGUUGGGGCGUUUCUACUCCUGGUCAGCUGGGUUUGGGGCGGCACUGCCAGCCUCAUACAUCGCCAUACUAAUAGAGCGGAAAAGCAGGAGAGGACUCCUAACAAUUUACAUGGCGAACCUGGCAACGGAGACGAUUUUCCGGAUGGCUGUCACAAGGGGUCUUGUUAAGCCUAUGAAACACGGAGAGGUUCUUCUCUUCUGCUUGACUGCAUCUCUCUACAUGUUUUUCUUCAGAUGUAAAGAUGGACUGAAUGGCUUUGCAUUCUCUGCCUUGAAAUUUAUAGUUGGCAAGGAGGAGAUCCCAACACACCCUUGUCUGGCUGAGCACGUGUACGAACAGGGUUCGGAGAGAGACGCACAGCCACCGGAUGAGAGACUGGAGCACACGCCUGCCUCCAGGGGGAGCUGCAUCAGAGCAUUUACACGCAAACUCCUAGACUCUAUAUGCAAACAUGGACCCAGGCAUAGAUGUUGCAAACACUAUCAAGACAACUGCAUCUCCUACUGUGUUAAAGGUUUCAUCCGAAUGUUCAGCGUGGGUUACCUCAUUCAAUGCUGUUUGAAGGUUCCAUCAGUAUUCAGACAGGCCUUUACAAAACCCUCUCGACUGCUCUGGCUGCUCUACAACAAAGAAAACUUCCAGCUAGGAGCUUUCUUGGGAUCUUUUGUCAGUAUAUACAAGGGCACAAGCUGUUUACUGAGAUGGAUGCGUAACCUGGACGACGAGCUCCAUGCUCUCAUAGCAGGUUUUCUUGCUGGCACCUCAAUGUUCUUUUACAAGAGCACCUCCAUCUCCAUGUACCUCUUCUCCAAACUGGUGGAGACUAUGUAUUUCAAAGGGAUCGAGGCAGGCAGGUUUCCGUACUUCCCUCACGCUGACACAGUAAUCUAUGCCAUCUCCACUGCCAUCUGUUUUCAAGCGGCGGUUAUGGAAGUGCAAAAUCUGAGACCAUCGUACUGGAAGUUUCUACUGCGGUUGACGAAGGGCAGGUUUGCUCUGAUGAACAGAAAAGUGCUUGAUGUUUUUGGGACCGAGGCUUCCAAACACUUUGGUGACUUCACGCCUAAACUUGACCCCAGAUACGUGCUGUGUCCCAUCGACAUGGACGUGCAGCUGGGCUGACAGGCCCGUGGGUAUCUGCGAAAUGUCUUCCCAUAGACCAACAAUGACACAAAGGCACGAAAAGCUCUUGCACACGAUCUCUCUCCUAUAUUCUCUCGCCCUGGCGCUCUAUGUCAUUAAAUGUGAAGUGAAAGUGUGAAGUGCGUAUAUGUUUACGUUGAUGUAGAUCUGAAACAUUUUGCAAUGUAAUUACCGCAGGCAAGAUGUGACCUCUAUGUACUGUACACACGAUAUCAGCUUCGGUUUGUCUGAAGAUGAUCUGAAAUUCAUAGGAUAAUGAUUGCUUAUUGGAUUUUCAAAGACAGAAUGACAUAGCAGGAAUGUGUUCAUGCUAACUCAGCUAUUCCUGGACUGCUUGGGAUCUGACCUGCGAUCUCUGUAUUUCAUAGUCCGCAGCAUUAACUAAUCAGCUUUGAGACUAUAAAAUGU